UACAACGGUCGAAUCCGCUCUGAAACAGUGAAAGCCCUAAAAUCUCAAUCAUUCUCUUUCAAUUCAAAAAAACAAAUCUUCCUCUUCUUCUCCUUCUUUCUUCUUAUAUAACAAUUCGAUUCAAAAAUGGGUACUUCAAAGCGCACUCAAGUGGUAACUUCAGAUCGUGAAAAAUGGGAUAAAGUGCUUGGCGGGCUGGUAAAAUUAGUAAGGAACCAACAAGAACAGCUCGAAACUCUUUUAAAAGAGAGGAAAAUCCUUGAAGAUCGCAUAAAAACGCAACAUGAGAGAUGGGUUUCUGAUAUUCGUCUCUAUAAUGAUCAUAUUUUGCAGAUUAAGGGGGGUUUGGUGGAGAAAGACAUGGCGUGUUUGCUUGAGGCUGCUAAAGGUGAUUUGAUGUUGGGAUUGAAGCAGAGAGAGGUUUCUCUUCACAAAUUGAAAUUAGAGCAAACAGAAGAUGAAUUGGCAGAUUUCCGAGCAUUGUUUGGCUACCUCUCUCAGAGCCUAAAAGAAACUUCUGAAGAAACUGCCAAUGGAAAGGGUCCUGGGCAUAGUGAUUUAAAGUCUGGCGAAGCUAAAAAGUUGGAAGCCGAAGUAGAAAGGCUAAAGCUUGAAAACGAGAAGCUUGUUUUUGAAAAGAAUUCUGAAGUAUCUGCUCUCCAGAAAGGGAAAAACUUUGUGUGGAAUCAAUAUGAUAUUCUUGAAAGCAAUCUCACCAAUAAAUUAAGGAUUAAAGAAGCUGAAGUUGAGAAGGCGAAUGAGAAGAUAGCAGGAGUUCUUGCCACUGCAGAGUUGCGCCAAUCCUCAAAUGAUGAGAAGGAUGAAAUUAUUCAAAGAUUGAAUACUAAGGUGGCCAAGAUGGAAGCUGACACAAAGAAAUGGAAGGAAGAAACUUCUAAACUCUCCCGGGAGUUGGAAUUGUUAAGAAAGUUAAGAACUGCCCAAAUUACACCUGUAAUGAAACCUUGUAGCGCACCAGUUAGAACUUUCACUUUGGGAGUCAAAAGCUGUGGCAGAGAUUGUAACCUUGUUGACAGGAAAGUAUUGCAAUCCGCUGUUCCUUCCAGGGAUGCUGAAAAGAGUAGCAGAAGCUUGAAGAAGAAAAGGACGGAUGUUUUUGAAGGUCCAAGAUUAUUCUCUUCUUCCUUCAAAAUUCCUAAAGUGAAGGUCCCAUCUACUCCUGUCUAAAUGACACCUUUCACGCCAUUCUUUAACCUUUCAGCUUAACAAAGUUGCAGCUUCUCCAUGCAGUUUUUCAUUCAGCUCUGAUGUUUGGCUCUGUAUAAUUUUCUUUUCUGUAUUCCAGUCGAUCUGAUGUAAGUUAAGUUGUUGCCAGACCUUUGGGAAGCCAUUCUUUUCUUCGACCUUAUUGUGCAGUGUAAGUUAGCAUAGGUUGCAGUGCUGGAUUUAGUUGGUAUUUGUAAUGUCUUUCAAUUACAACAAAUACCUAGUGUGGCUCCGCAAUGACUCUUUUGCCAUUAUCCUGUACUGAAACUCUGAAACAGGAUUCUACCAUUUUGUUA